AUGUGUGCCCAUCGAUGCACACACCGACACGUCACACUCUCUACCACCAUCUGGGCACAGCUUCAUUGCUCUCCAUCACCUCCUCUGACCGACACACCCACCCCCUUCCUCUCUCCUCUCCGUAAACAUGGCUACUCCUCGCAGCGCCAAGAAGGCCUCCCGCAAGAGCGGCUCCAAGUCCGCGAAGUGCGGCCUGAUCUUCCCGGUGGGCCGCGUUGGCGGGAUGAUGCGCCGCGGCCAGUACGCUCGUCGUGUCGGCUCCUCUGGCGCCGUGUACAUGGCGGCCGUGCUGGAGUACCUGACCGCGGAGCUGCUGGAGCUGUCCGUGAAGGCGGCCGCACAGAGCGGGAAGAAGCGGUGCCGCCUGAACCCGCGCACUGUGAUGCUGGCCGCGCGCCACGACAGCGACAUCAGCUCGCUCCUGAAGAACGUGACCCUGUCUCACAGCGGCGUUGUACCAAGCGCCAGCAAAGCUGUGUCGAAGAAGAAGGGCGGCAAGAAGCUCAAGGCGACGCCGAGCGCGUAAGCCCUCCGGCUUGA